AUGAAGUUCAGCGUGGUGGUUGCCGCCGCCCUGGCAAGCGGCGCUCUUGCCACUCCCCAAUAUCCUCCAAAGCUCAUCAAGAGAGACCUCGCGUACUCACCUCCUGUCUACCCUUCGCCAUGGAUGAACCCGGAAGCCGAUGGAUGGGCAGAGGCGUAUGUGAAAGCUCGGGAGUUUGUCUCCCAGAUGACGCUGUUGGAGAAGGUCAACUUGACGACUGGUACCGGUUGGGCCUCGGAGCAAUGUGUCGGUCAAGUAGGAGCUAUCCCUCGCCUGGGGCUCCGCAGUCUUUGCAUGCACGACGCCCCCCUUGGAAUCCGUGGAACCGACUACAAUUCCGCCUUCCCUUCAGGUCAGACAGCUGCUGCUACAUGGGACCGCCAGUUGAUGUACCGCCGUGGUUAUGCCAUUGGCAAGGAAGCCAAGGGCAAGGGGAUCAACGUGAUCCUUGGACCUGUCGCCGGCCCUCUUGGUCGGAUGCCCGCUGCUGGGCGAAACUGGGAGGGUUUCUCUCCGGAUCCGGUCUUGACAGGAGUCGGCAUGGCCGAGACUGUCAAGGGACAUCAGGAUGCGGGCGUGAUUGCAUGCGCAAAGCACUUUAUUGGCAAUGAACAAGAACACUUCCGCCAAGUCGGCGAGGCUCGCGGUUAUGGGUUCAACAUCAGCGAGACUCUUUCCUCCAACAUUGACGACAAGACGAUGCACGAGCUUUACCUCUGGCCCUUUGCCGAUGCCGUCCGCGCCGGUGCGGGCUCUUUUAUGUGCAGCUACCAGCAGGUCAACAACUCCUAUGGAUGCCAAAAUUCCAAGCUUAUGAACGGUCUUUUGAAGGAUGAGUUGGGCUUCCAGGGGUUCGUCUUGAGUGAUUGGCAGGCCCAGCAUACCGGUGCAGCUGCCGCCGCGGCUGGUCUCGACAUGUCGAUGCCGGGAGAUACCGAGUUCAACACUGGCGUCAGCUUCUGGGGUACUAACCUCACUGUGGCCGUGCUCAACGGUACUGUUCCAGCUUAUCGGAUCGACGACAUGGCCAUGCGUAUCAUGGCAGCUUUCUUCAAGGUGGAGAAGAGCAUUGAACUGGACCCUAUCAACUUCAGUUUCUGGUCCCUCGACACUUAUGGGCCUAUUCACUGGGCCGCGGGCGAGGGUCACCAGCAGAUCAACUAUCACGUCGAUGUCCGGGCUGACCAUGCAAACCUCAUCCGUGAAAUCGCUGCCAAGGGUACCGUUCUUCUCAAGAACACCGGCUCCCUGCCCCUGAACAAACCCAAGUUUGUGGCGGUGAUUGGAGAGGAUGCUGGACCUAACCCCAACGGACCCAAUUCUUGUGCCGAUCGCGGGUGCAACAACGGCACACUCGCGAUGGGCUGGGGUUCUGGCACUGCCAACUUUCCUUACCUCAUCACGCCAGACGCUGCCCUGCAGGCCCAGGCCAUCAAGGAUGGGUCUCGCUACGAGAGCAUCCUGACCAACUAUGCGGCAUCCCAGACCAGGGCCUUGGUAUCGCAGGAUAACGUCACCGCCAUUGUUUUCGUCAAUGCUGACUCUGGUGAGGGAUACAUCAACUUUGAAGGCAACAUGGGCGAUCGCAACAACCUGACACUCUGGAGAGGCGGCGAUGACCUGGUCAAGAACGUUUCCAGCUGGUGCAGCAACACCAUUGUGGUCAUCCACUCCACCGGUCCCGUUCUCAUCAGCGAGUGGUAUGAUAGCCCGAACAUCACUGCCAUCCUCUGGGCCGGUCUUCCUGGGCAAGAAUCCGGCAACUCCAUCACCGAUGUUCUCUACGGCAAGGUGAACCCCUCUGGCAAGUCGCCAUUCACCUGGGGCGCCACCCGCGAGGGUUACGGCGCUGAUGUUCUUUACACUCCCAACAAUGGCGAGGGCGCACCCCAGCAGGACUUUUCCGAGGGUGUGUUUAUUGACUACCGCUACUUCGACAAGGCCAACACGUCUGUCAUUUAUGAGUUUGGCCACGGCUUGAGUUAUACUACCUUUGAGUACAGCAACAUCCAGGUUACAAAGAAGAACGCUGGUCCCUACAAGCCAACGACAGGCCAGACAGCUCCCGCGCCGACUUUUGGGAACUUUUCGACGGAUCUUAGCGAUUACCUGUUCCCCGACGAGGAGUUCCCCUAUGUCUAUCAGUAUAUCUACCCCUAUCUCAACACUACCGACCCGAGGAAUGCUUCUGGCGACCCGCACUUUGGCCAGACGGCCGAGGAGUUUAUGCCCCCGCACGCGAUUGACGACUCGCCUCAGCCGUUGUUGCCGUCUUCGGGCAAGAACUCUCCCGGUGGCAACCGGGCGCUGUACGAUAUCCUGUACGAAGUCACGGCGGAUAUCACCAACACGGGGGAGAUUGUGGGAGACGAGGUGGUCCAGCUGUAUGUCUCUCUUGGCGGGCCUGAUGAUCCCAAGGUGGUGCUGCGCGACUUUGGCAAGCUCAGGAUCGAGCCGGGUCAGACGGCCAAGUUUAGGGGGCUGUUGACGAGGAGGGAUUUGAGCAACUGGGAUGUGGUGAGCCAGGAUUGGGUCAUUAGUGAGCACACCAAGACGGUGUUUGUGGGGAAGAGCAGUAGGGAUUUGGGGUUGAGCGCUGUUUUGGAGUGA